CCUUUUUUCAGGGAUUCGAAUCCCACAAUGGCAGAAGCACGACCUCCUGGUGAUUAUUCCGAUGACGAAGAAUGUGAUUGGAUGAAAGCCAUACAUGACAGUGACGUCACUAUCUUUUACAAUGAAGAGGAUGAAUAUAGAAUUUUUAAAACCAUUUUAGACAACUUUGAUCGAGAAAAUAUAAAAUACAUUUGUCCCGGUUUUUGCACUGAACCCGGAGCACAUAAGUACAAAAACACUGCAAAGGCAAUUCAGAAAAGUCGAAAAACACUUCUAAUUUUGUCAGAGAGUGCCAAGGAAGUUGAUUUUUCUCUAGAGACUUAUCUAGCUUUAGAACAAUGUCUUCAAACUGGUCGUUUGUCUCUUAUGGUGCUACUAAUUGACGGAAUGACUGUCCAAGACCUACCAAAAAUUCCCUUCCUUCAACAAGCGACUCAGAUGGUUUUAGUGGACAAUUAUCAUGAACGUUGCAUGGAAACAGUGUGUCGGACUCUAAAAAGAGAGGUACAACUAAAUCAGCUUUUACCAGCUGGAAACUUUGCUGUGGGAAUGGCUUGGUCACAUUUUGCUGGGUAUUUGAAGUUAAUUUUACCAGAUCUAGCGCAACAGAUAAAGAAGUCUGAUAUUUUUCAAAACAACCUCGGCAGGAUGUCGACUGUAUUUUUUAUGUUGUGCCCUACAAGUGCAACAGGACCACGGGACAUUGCCGACGUAGAUCCAAACGUUCAAAAUGUAGGGAAAGUUGACUUGGUAAUAAACGGCCGACCAUUUAAUCCUACCAUAUAUAAAGUUAAAGGGAGGAACAAAGAAGGCAAGGAGGAGGAGUACUUUUGCUGUGCGGAGUAUCCAAGUGCUCUGUGUGCUCUUGGGCUCAUUGCUGACGAAGUACUCAAUCUAUUGACUCCUCAACAGCGCAGGACGGAAGUAGAAAGGUUCAAAUAUAAGAUUGAGGAAAUUCUGAACCAUAGUCGAAACGAGGAAUGUAUGGGAAGAGCAAGAGUCCUUAUGUUUGAUGAUGAAGGAAAGGGAGAGAGAAAUACCCCUUCUUAUAAUUUGUUCAACGGUGUUAGAGACGCGAUAGAAGAGACCAUGAUGAAACCUCUGAGUGACAGACAACCAAGUCAUGUGACCCGUUCUCAAUCGAAUUGUUCAGUAGAUGUGUGCUUUUUGUACAGUGAUAUUGACGCCAUGGAAAACCGAACCUCGGUUCAUAGUAGCCCGGAUAACAAAACUAUAAAGCACAUUCGGAUGUUUUUGGAAAAUAAGAAAAUUCGAUGCUCUAUCGCACGACCACCCGUUGACUCUAUGGGAGUAAUAGAAGAACGAAUAAAUGAUGCAAGAUGGGUUUGUUGUUUGGUAUCGGUCAAUACAGUCAGAAGAAAAGACUUUAUCGAAUUUUGGUUGGCAGCGUUACUGAACGAUUGUAUCGAAAAAAAUCAGUUGAAAAUCAUCAUUUUACUCAAAGACCUUGAUAGUUCAUUUAUCCCUAACUUUAUUCAAUGGGUGACUUAUAUAGACAUUUCUAACGAACCUUCUUUUGAAGAAAGGAUUUAUGAGAUCAUCAAAGGUGAUGUUGUAACCUUAAGGUCGCAGGUCCCGGCUGGUAACGUGGCGUUUGGAUUGGCCUGGGCAUUCCAUGUUAACUAUCUAAGACAUGUUCUUCCAGAUUUCAAUGAACGACUAGAAAGUAGAAUGGAACAAGACGAUAUUCGAAAAUUUACAGCAAUUAAGAAAAAAUUUAAAGUUUCGAGAAGUCUUUUAGAACUGAUACCUAAAAGUUGUGAAUUUAAACCACUAUUGACUAUGGCUGACGACAGAAUACAAGGUCCAUUUGAGGUUAAGCCUAUAGUGAAACAAAUGGCUGCCACAAAACGAGUUUUCCCGUGUAAGCUUUACAGAAUAGAGAGCGAAAAUUGUGAUUACUACUUUGCGGGCGAGAUGUUGACACCAAUGAAAGCACUUUCAGAAAUGCACAAAUCAAUGAUAGCAGGGUUGUCUAAGAAACAAAUGUAUGAACAAUGUGACGCAUUAGUUGAACAACUAUCAGCCAUCUUGGAUUCAGCGGCAACUCCAGAGGAGAUGCAGAAAAAAUGUCGAUGCAUUAAAUACGACGAUACUCAGCGGAAGUUGUCUGACGUCAUAAUGGAGGAAAUCGACAAAGAACAAAGUCGAGACCAUGUGGAGAUGUAUGCAAGCUGGUUAAAGAAACAAGAGAAAUAACACAAACAAAGUCGCCAUAUCUUAAAAUUAAAAGCAGCAUUCCUAAAACUUUUUUUUUAAUUUAAUGUCAAUGCCAUGUUGGUAAUAUGCACCUUUUUAUAGGUACAGUGCAUAAAGUGACACAAAAUAUUCCUACCUUUAUUAAAUGUAUCCAUAAUUUAAAAGAGAAAGAUGGAUACAUGUAGCAGUGUUCACAUAGAAUAUUACUCAUAAUUCAUAGAUUAUUAUUCCCUCGCAACGGAGUUGAGGGAAUAUAGGAAUUAAUGCAGUUGUGUUUGUUUGUUUGUGGAUGAUCGAGUGUUUUUAUUUCUGUACGAAAAAAAGUGAUGUAAUUUGCAUUGAUUUAACGAUACUUCAUUAUGUUUUCCUUGACAUAAAAAUCUAAAAAAAAAAAAAAGUUGAUACUGAUAUAUGUGGUUUCCUAAUGAACAAUACGACACUAAAGGAGUAGCUCAUUGAAACAAAAUAUUAUUUCUAGUCUAAACAAAACAUGUAAGUAUCUAUCACUGAAUCCUGCUAUCUUACGUGGGUAAAAAAUGGCUGUGAUAUGAGCGACGUUCUUGUGUUCUUGUUCGUUAUUAGAUUUUUUUUCUUAAAAUGUUUAAGAUUUUUUAAUCAGUCAGUGACAACAAUAAUAAUUUGACAUUUAUUGUUUUGUUUUUAAUUAUAUUUAUAAAUUAAUCUGAAAAAUACAUACUAAUCUUGGUAUCU